GCUAGCGUUCCUGAGCAUGUUACGUGAAGGCGUUCGUGAAUGUAGAGGAGCAAGUUUUGGAGCCAAGGCUGGCGCCGUGGUGGGGGCACCUCUUCGCUGUCAGUCCCCAGAUCUGCUCCGAGCAUCUCGGCGAUGAUCUUCACAGCCGCCGCCCAUCAGCAACAACACCACACUGAAGGGUUCCGCCCAACACCCGCCUGCCGCUCUCACGAGCCCUUCUCAUGUACAUAGAACAAUGCAUUGUUUCUAGUCCUCGAUCAUGUCCGGGAAUCCUUUCCGCGCUUCCCUCGUCCAGAAACACCCCGCCGCUCCCGCAUCUGUUCCGCCCACCAGCUUUAUCAAUGCCGAUAGCAGCAGCAGCAGACCUCACGCCCGCGAUGAGCGCGAAAGCGACUCUGUGCCCGACCACGCCGCGUCCGCGCUUCCCGCAAAGACAAAGAAAUCCGUCCGCAUAGAAUCGCCCACUGCGACCUCGCCGCCGCAUCCGGCACUCCACGAUGCGGAUGACGCCCUGCUGCAGCCUAUAAACCUCGGUGGCCAUGCGGGCUCGCCGCCUCCCAUGUCUCCGGCCGGCUUCUCUGACAACUUUGAGGAUCUCGCAUUGGACGAACAACUUGGGCAGGAUAGUGGGAGUGCAGGGACGGAUUCGAAAAUGAUGACGGGAGGCUCUAGAAGGAAUCCCGGGCAGCCUGAGGCUGUGCACUCGCCUGGUGGUGCUCCGGCGAAUCCGUUUUCGAAGACGCUGGCUUCUAUUGAGCCGCAAGAGAAGGGAAGCGCGGAGCUGAGGGGCCAGAAUCGAGCCACGGAAAGGACAACCCCAGGACCUACUAAAGCAUCAUUAGACGUAGAAGGCUUCAAGAACCUAUUACUGACCGGCAUACCAAGUCCGCGAAGUUCCGGGCCACCACCGCAGGGAGCAACUGCCCCCAAUCCCAUCAGCGCUUCCGUCUUCGAAAGCAGCAGCAGCACAGACACCUCAUCCGUGUCUCGACAAUCCAUAUUCGAGCCUGUACAAGAACCGCACACCGAGUCGCCGCGGACAUCGUACGAAAUGGCGGCAUCAGACGACGAGAGAAUUAGUCUUAUGGGAGAGAUCAAGCGGGAAAAGAAGAAGCCCCCGCCUGCGCCGAAGCAUCGCCAUGGCAGGCUGGUUUCGUCCAGGACACCACAGACGGUUUCGUUCGAGAGUUUUUCUGUUACGGACCCUAUGGCUUCGCCCCCUGCGUCGAGGAAUAGGACGAAUUCGGAUUUGAACAAGCCGCUUCCGCCAACGCCUCCUAUUGUCUCGCCGCCUGCUCAUAUUAUUUCUCAAGAUAUCACUCACCAUCUCCCAUCUAUACCAGACACAGGAGCUAGCGAAACAUCGAGCUUAUCCGAUGCCGUUCCCGCACAGAAGAGAGUACCCCCACCAGUUCCCCUCGCCCGCCGGCAAAGCCAGCUCCGCAGUUCAACAAUGGGAAACAGAUCAAGAAGCAACUCGUCACUAACAAUGUCAUCUCAACACUCUACCGAGUUCCCAAUUCUCAGUCCCGGAUUUACCAGUGAACCCGCCUCAUCCCCAUCAUCUCAGAAAGCACCGCCUCCUCCACCCCCUACAAGACGCCACGGUGCAGCACUAUCAACAAUCAGCACAUCGAGCGCCAAUUCAUCCUCAACCGAACUUUCUUCUACCGCAACAGCAACAGCAACCGCACGCCGACCCACCGUCACAUCUCCCAAUCCGCCCUCCUCCCGCCGAACAACUUACUCCUCCGAGCCACCUUCGCCUGGCCCAGGCCUGGCACGCACAUCCUCCAUAAACUCAACACGCAACACCACCCGCUCCGUCUCCAACGAAAGCGCAACCAUGCCACCUCCUCCUCCGCCCCCUCGGCGCCGCCAAUCCGGCCGCUCAAGCCUCGACAAAGAACGUCCUUCAUUCCAUCCAUCCUCUCCAACUGAAAGCCGGCGAAUUAGUACCGAGUACAAACGCAACAGCAUCGACAGCAAGAGGCGGACGAGCGUAGCCAGCGAGAGCUCUCUGAAGUAUGAGUAUGCGCCGGCAGCAGAGAGCGAACCGGUGCUGUAUUCGCCCAAAGGAGAGGUGGAGGAACCGCGGACGUAUAAUCUAGAGGAGGUGAAGAGCAGUCCGAGCAACAUCUUGGAUGAUAUGGAGAGGUUUCAGAGGGAGAUUGAUGAGUUGAGGGAGAAGUACAAAAAGGCGGCUUAG